AUGAACUUUAUGGACUUUCCGGUGCCUGGGCAGGUCUUCUCCUCCCCCCACGUGGCGCGCCCUCACAGGCUGCCGCCGGAAAGGCUCGCUCAGAUGACGAUUCCGUCCAUUCUAGUUCUCCUUCUCUUGGGCGCAUUCACACUCAGCCGGCUGCCCGCAAGCAUACAGCGCUUCUGCCGAGAGGCGGUUUCGGACAGCAUCUUCUUCGACUUUGCUUCGGACGUCCUCAACGCGGAGGCGGUCCGACGGCGUAACGGCGACCCCUGGGAUACGGGAAUGGUUACGCGCGAAGUUGCCGCGAUCAGGACAGAAGAGCCAAGCGACUUUGCAAGCGCGGCCGCCGAAAAGCAAGCGCCCGCGGCGGCCACUCCUUUACAGCCCACAACGACAGACGCAACGGUGCUGAUUGUCUUUCUGAUUGUUCUUUGCUCCAUAGCGGCUGUUAUGUGCCUGUGGUGCUGCGUACUGGGGCUCUACUCGCGCUUUCGACAGCACAAGCGGUCCAAGAAGCUGUUUCCCGAGAGGGACGAGCUGCCAGCCGCUGCGUGUUGA